CAUGGAGAUGAAGAUGGCCGUCAACGCGGCCAACUGGCUCGUCGGCAAGGUGCUCAGCAAGCUGUCCGACGGGCUGGUGUCCACCUACAUGGCCAGCUCCGAGCUCGGCAGCAAUUUCCUGAACGCCAAGAACCAGCUGAUGUACACACAGGGGCUGCUGUCCGCAUCCGUGGGCAGGGACGUGGGCGACGAUCCUGGCCUGCGCGGACUUCUGGGGACGCUGAGCAAGAAGGCCGACGAAGCCGGGGACGUGCUUGAUGAGCUCCACUACUUCAUGAUCCAGGUGAGUUGCUAUGUAGAGAUCGAGGUGCUGAAACAGUAAUAUAAUCCGUGAUGUAGAGAUCUAGGCGCCGUUGUCUAAAAUGCUUCAUGAUUCACCCACCCAGGACGAGAUCGAUGGCACCAAGGAGGCUGCUGCGGAGGUGGGCGGCGGCAUCAAGGGCCAUUCGGUCCAUGGACGCCAUGUUGCUCGCUGCACCCUCGGCAACUACCUUCCGUGCUUUUCAUCUCUGCGCACUCUAGGUGACGAGCCUCCUGCAUUUUCUGAUGCUGCUGCCACCAGUGAGCUACAUAGUGAACAUAUUAAGUUGCCAUUUAACAGAGUAGCCAUGUCCAAGAAAAUCAAGUCUGUCAUAGAGGAGAUGAACUCCAUAUGCCUGCUUGUCUCUGACCUGCUCAAAGUCAAAACUGCAAACCACAGUAGCAUUGCAUUAAGCAGACAUGUCACCAUUGAAAGGCCUCCAACUGGUUCCAUAGUUCCACAAGAUAGAAAACUGUAUGGAAGGAAUGACAUUUUUGAGCAAACUGUAAAUGCACUCACCGGUGGCACCUACCAUGAUAAAACCCUCUCUGUCCUGCCUUUCGUUGGCCCUGGGGGCAUCGGAAAGACGACCUUCACACAGCACCUGUAUAAUGAUGAAAGAAUCAAGGGGCACUUCCCUGUCAGGGUCUGGGUAUGUGUUUCAACUAAUUUUGAUGUGAUUAGGCUCACCAGGGAGAUACUUGGCUGCAUACCUGGAACUAACACAAGCACAAUUGAACCAACAAACUUAGACCAACUUCAGACAGCCAUUGCAGAGAGACUGGACUCCAGAAGGUUCUUAAUUGUGUUGGAUGAUAUGUGGACUUGCAAGAGUGCGCGUGAUUGGGAAAACCUAUUGGCCCCAUUCACAACAGGAGGAACCAAGGGCAGCAUGAUUCUUGUUACAACUCGAUUGCCAUCUGUAGCACAAAUGGUCAAAACAACUGAUCCAAUAGAGUUGCAUGGUUUAGAGCCUGAUGACUUCUUUGCACUGUUUGAAUCAUGUAUAUUUGGUCAUAACAAACCCAGGCUUUAUGAUGAUGACUUGGUCAAUGUUGCAAGAGAUAUUGCAAAGAAGCUAAAGGGUUCGCCACUGGCAGCAAAUACAGUUGGUCGACUGUUGAAGAAAAACAUCUCUUGGGAAUAUUGGAUGGGAAUUCUUGAAAAGAAUGAAUGGCAAAGUGCAAAAAAUGAUGAUGAUAUUUUGCCAUCCCUAGAAAUCAGCUAUAAUUACCUUCAUUUCCAUCUGCAGAAAUGUUUUUUUUAUUGUGCCCUCUUCCCAGAAGAUUACAAGUUUUAUGAUUUAGAAAAAAUCACUAAUUUCUGGAUUGCAGUGGGCAUUGUAGACUCAAGUUGCCGAAAUGAUAAGAAUUACUUAGACGAACUAGUGGACAAUGGUUUUCUCAUAAAAAAUAGUGAUAGGAAUGGUGAAUACUAUGUGAUGCAUGAUUUAUUGCAUGAACUGUCUCGGAAUGUUUCGUCACAAGAGUGUGUGAACAUAAGUAGUUUAAGUUUCAGAGUCAACGACAUACCACAAUCUAUUCGGCACUUAUCAAUCACCGUAGAAGAUAAAUAUGAUGAAAGUUUUGGUCGAGAAAUAUGUAAACUGAGGAGUGUAAUAGACAUUGGAAAUUUGCGUACUUUGAUGGUUUUUGGACCACAUGAUGCAGAAACAGGUGAUAUUCUGAGAGAUGCAUUUGAAGGAAUAAAGAGUCUUCGAGUUCUAUUUAUACCUAGUCUCCCAGGCAGUUUGCCAAAAAGCUUUUCAAAUCUUAUCCACCUCCAAUACCUUACAAUCAUGCCACCUAGUGAUGCGGGCCAUUGCCUGUAUCUACCUAGGACAUUACCAAGAUUUUACCACUUGAAAUUCUUGGACCUCGAUGGUUGGUUUGGUUGGGAAUGUAAUGUAAUUUUGCCUAAAAACAUUAGCCGCCUCAUGAAUUUGCGCAUAUUUAUUCUUCCAAAGAAUUCCAUUCCCGUAUUCCUAAGGUCGGAAAGAUGAAAUGGUUGCAGGAGCUAAGAGAAUUUGAUGUUAAGAAGGAAAGUGUUGGAUUUGAACUGAGCCAGCUGGGGGAACUGACAGAGCUUGGGCAGCUUGGUAUAUGUAAUCUUGAAACCGUGGCA